UACAUUACAAUUAUUGUAGAAACUCUCAUGUCCCGUUCAUACCACGUGCCUCCAAUGGAAUGAGAAUUAGAUGCAGCAGACAGAAUUUCGCCUUCUCAUUGCACCACUAGGGGCGCCCGGGCUGUGCGCUUUCCGUGUUUGCCUUGACGCUCCCUCUUCACGCGGAAGGACGCAGAUGGAAGACGUGUAAAAUGCUCUCCCCUCUUGUUUUCAAGAAACGGUCAAAUCCGAUCAGUUGGUAUCACUGGGUCGGGCUGGGCCGACAUUUCCUGGAGGCCUUCCGCUGCAAGCAAAUGUCCUGGAGCAGUCGACGAGAGUGGACGCGUUUUGGCGAACCGUAUGGCAACGAUCAGAUCAUCUACAAUUUGCGAAAAUCAUUGACGGGAAUUAGCUCCUGCAAAAUUACAGCUAUCCUGUUUUGUGUGAACGUAACAGAGCUGAAGGAAACAAUUUAUUUUCUGGCGUCGCAAGUGUCAAGAUGGCGAAAAGAAUUUCAGGAACAAGUCACAUAUUAGUGACUAGUCAAUUAUUGAUUGACACUACUACUGGACUAAUCAUGAAAGAAGAAAUCGAAUUUGGUCAUCGAUAUUCUCUACUGGACAGCAAACAAUCCACAUCUGCUGUUCAACAUGUAAACUCCUGGUGGUGCAAGCAUAAGUAUUUGCCAUUUUCAUUCGCCAAAUUAGUUCAUUUUUCUUCUUGUGCAAAUAGAUGUGAUCAAGGGAUAAAGAUUUGAACUUCGUCUUCGCUAUGAUCCAAGAGUCAAACGAAAAAAAAAAAAUUAAUAUUUUUUCAUUGAAACCUGCCAUGUUCAUGUAUGUAAAUGGAUGGGAAUUUGUUUUUUAUUAAUAUCCAAAACAAAAUGACAACUGUGCUUCUGUGAACCUCACUUACAUUUUCACAUUGAAAAUUUUAAAUCAUAACAAUUGUUUUGAAUGCAAAAGUAUUUCCGGGGGUUAUAACUGAUUUUAAAGCAUUCUUUUGUUAUAGAUUGUUUUCUUAUAACUUUGCGGUGUCUAGUUCCCUUCAAUUUUUAAUUAAUAAGUCCGACUGGGAAGUAUAACAUAUUAAUUUUAAAUAUUUCUUUUUUUUGUUGAUUCAAAUUUUAAAUACUUGGGCUUUCUACUGUUGUGUCUUGAAUUGCUUCAUUUCCUUCACAGAGGGUAAAAAAUUGUGCAUAAUUGGCACACACAAUUGUCAGCAAAUGUCUUUUAACAGCUUAUGAAUGAAUUAGGUAGUCAAAUGUUUAUUACUUACUGUCCGAAAAUAUUUCUAUCUACUUGACAGUGUGGGGGGGGGUAGACUGUGGGGUGGUGCCUCUUAAUAGGGCCGCCGACAAGUGUCAUGUGGCAUUCUUUCAUCAGUAGCAAUACAACAAUAGCAAUUGCAAGAAAAUAAACUAUAAUAAGAGCACCCAACAGUUAACAGAACCGCACAUAUGAUGCAAAACCAGACAUGCGAAGGCGCCAAAUGGCGCACUUCGAUCUUCAAAUACUUCGCGCAGUAAAAUUUUAUAAUUUUUUCUAAUAAGCACCGGCAACUCAUGUCGUGACAUCAUCACAAUCAGAAGCCUGUCUGAAGAACGGAAUCCCCUCUGUCAGCCACUGGCAGUCAAGUAGAAAAGAAAUACCACUUAGGCAAUAGUGUGUAAUUAUGAAUAGGGUCCGGAUGUUUAUCAGUUGAAAACAUUAGAAAUACGCUAGCAUCUAUGACCUAAAAAUAUGAAAAUAUGCCCAUAAGUACGACGUAAAAUUGUUUUGGUUGCAUUAUCGAAACCCUUAAAAUUUUCCCGUUGUUUAAAUACCCAUUAUAUUUCAAAUACACUUCAUAGAAAACAUAUUUCCAUAGUGUGAAAAAUUAACG